AUGGUGGCGUUGUCGGUUACCCUGAUCAUCAUCUCAUUCACUGGGAUAGUCCCGGCAGUUGGUCUACCGUCUGCAAGAGAUGAACUAGCCAGACUCAAGAAUGAGCUGAAUGAACAGUCGCUACUAGCAAUGGAGAGUGUGAAGAAGAGACAAAUGUUGGAUGAAAUGGCAAAAGUGGCAAUUGAGUGGAUCAAAGGUGUUACCUCCAAACUUUGGAUACCUCUUGACAAGAAGAUUAAAGAAGUUGAAAAGUUCCGUGAUGAGAUUUCCCAAUCCAUAAAAAAGGCAUAUCCCAUAAUGAGACCAAUUUUCCAUGAAGCGAACACCAUGAUACAUCAGGUAAAUGAUGUUCUUGCUGGUACAGACGAGGACGCCAUGUUGGCCAAGGCACGAGAGGUAGAGGAGGUUCUAAAGAGGAAUAAAGUGGGCCUUAAGAAGUUGGAUGAUGAAUUUAAAGGCUUAAUAAAGAGACUGGAAGAGUUCAAAAGGGCUGCAGUCUCACUUGGGUUUCAAAUCCCUGAUGAUUUCUUUGAAAAAUUUAACGCCGCAUUCCAAAAUGGAGGUAACAGCCAGAGCUUUUAUUACUCCAAGGAAUACGAUCCGAACCGAAAACUCAGUGAAGACGAGUUUAUUAAAAGUUUUUUCCGCACUAAUCAGAUUCCAAAGCUCUCCAAGGAACAAUUUGUCCAGAUUAUCAACCUUCUCAAGAACUCAUCCAACAAGCUCAUCAACGAUAUAAAUGGUAUAAUUACAAGGGGCAAGAAGCUAAUUGAAGAUGCAAAAGAGGACCUCCAAAAGGCUGACGAAUUGGUGAAACGUAUGAAGAAGAUGGGAUAUAAAAAUCCAGACAUUACCGGAAGGUAUGAGAUGAUCUUCAGGGAAGUAAAAAAUAUGGGUGAAUGUUACCGUGACAUGGUUACAAAAGAGGAAUCUCUGAGAUCCAACCUUGAGAAAUGUAUUUCCAUUCUGGACGGGGCCAUGGAAAAAGCACAAGACCUCCAAGAUGGCACAGUAUUGGACAAGUGGGAUAAUAUUUUAGGCCUAGAGAUCAUGAAAGAAACUCUAACUGGUAUAAUUGAUGCUAAAAUAGGGGUGGCAAAUAUGAAGUUGUGCUACAUUGACGUCGAUUUUCAGCGAUGUAUAGUUACUGAACGAUUGCGCUUGAUGACCAUUACUCUCGAUUCUCUAGACAAAGUAACCAAUGAGCCUUUGGAAAAUCCACCUUAUCAUAACCUCGAGGAUUCUCGUACAAGAGAUGAAAUGAGCAACUAUGGAUUCAGCCUUGUCAUGGCUCUGGCGGUCUGUACCAUGUGGAUAUGA